AUGAUGUGGGGCUGGGAAGGUCUUAAAUUCUUAAAGUCUCGCACUGCUCUUCUGCAUCUCAUUUUGAAGUCAAGCUACAACUACCGUCUACGAAUGGCCAAGCACGCUCAAGUGACUCUAGGUGUUUUGGGACGAUAUUAUUCGGCCCGGCAUACCUUGGGACAAUACCGCUCAGCAUGUGUAACGGCAACAUAUACCAUAUCGCUCCCAAAUGACUCAUUGUUGAAUGAACUUGAUAAUGCACUCGAGCAUGCUCUGCAAGCCACCAUUCAACAACAUAGCGGUCUACGCUAUGGUAUUUCCGAUGAGAAAGAAGCUGGUAUUCCGCUGUUCGGGCAGAUCCGCACAUUCGACCGCCAGGACAUUUUGGAGGCAAUUGACAGCCAACAUGUCAACGGCAACGAUAGGAAGGCCGGGGAUAUGACUGAUGAAGUUCUAUCAAAAGUACUCGAAAAUGGUCAUUCAGAGCUCUGGCCUCAAAACAAGCCAGCCUGGAAGGCUGUUAUUGUGAAGCAUACAGGCAACUGCAAGUCUAGCCCAUCCUCAAAGAUGGACAUCGUCUUCUUUGCACACCACGCUAUAGCUGAUGGAUUAAGCGGACUUGCCUUCCAUGCCUCUCUCAUGAACAAUCUCAAGCUCAAAACACCUGUCCCUGCGCAGUGGCCUCUGGAAUUGGACGAGUUACAGGACCCUCCGCCCACAAUCGAAGAGCGAGUGGACUGCCUCUCGUGUAGCUGCACUACCUGCACGACCCCAGGCAAAUCUGAUGAGCCUGUUUGGGGAGGGGGACGCAUAUCCGCAACACCGACGGUCAAUUACGAAUCUUGUGUUCGUAUAGUGACAGUUCCAGCGGCACCGUUUUCUGUCCUUCUUAAAAAGUGCAAGCAGGCCAAUGUCACAGUCACCGGGCUCCUCCACGCUAUCAUAUGUACUUCGAUGGGCUGUUCUAUCAAAGAAGAUGUUCCUGGAUUUCGAGCUGUUACACCCUUCUCAGCGCGACGACACACUAGAGCCUCUGACGCAGAAAUCGUGAACCAUAUCUCUUAUUUAACCAGCUACGUCUCUUAUGAAGAUCUGCAAAAGUUCAAAGACUGCCAGCACGGCUCUAGCACCGAGGAGCAGCAUAUUAUAGACCUUGCGCGUCGUUUCUCCAAAGAAGUAGCGACAAAGGUCAAAGAGUUCCCGCAUGAAAGCAUGGCUACAAAACUCAACCAGGUCCAAGAUAUCCUACAGGAAUGUCAAAGUCAAGGCGGUGCAAAAAGACGAUAUACGUAUGAGCUGUCGAAUCUUGGUUCAGUUUCGAGCAUAUGUCCCCCUGAAGGGAGUGACAUCAAGCUUGGCAGACUGGUCUUCACGCAGUGUGGUUUUGUUGCUGGUCCCGCGUUAGGAUUCAACUGUGUUAGUACCAGAGGAGGGGAUUUCACUAUCAGCAUUACUUGGCAAAGGGGUGUUGUUGCAGAAUCUGUCGUGGAAAACGUUGCUCAAGAGCUAGAAACACGACUUGAGAGUUUUUAGUAACUUAGAAU